CCACGCUGACGCUGGUUUUGUUUUUCCCGCUUUGCCAUGGUCGGUACUCAGUGGUCGGUACCGCCGUGGUCGGGACUGGUCGGUGUUAUUAGUUGUCAUAGCAUCGGUGUCAUCGGAGAAUUUAACACGGCGAUGGACCUAAAUAUACUUGUACAGAGGGAGUCUGAAAAGCUAGAUAAAGCAACGGUCAUCGGCAAGAUCAGGGCAGCGUUUAAACUUGGAUACGAUGUGGUGGCUCUCAACGUCGUUGUGGGAUCGCAAGAGCUGGGCACUAAAAACAAGAUUCCGGAGCCUCCCUGCUACAGCCUCGGCCCGGAGGACCUGUCUGCCUCUCGGGGAAGAAAGCUGAGGAUCCUCACGCGGCUGACUGCCGUCCUGUCUGACAGUGGCCAGUCUCACAGGCUCUUCCAGUCGCCCAUUGCAAAGAAGUAUGACAUCAUUGCUGUGACGCCCAUGCAAGAAAGGAUGUUCCAGCAACUGUGCAACCAGGGUGACCUGGACAUCCUCAGUCUGCCAUUGGAUACCAAGUUGCCCUUCCUCGUGAAGCGGGCCCAAUACGGUGCAGCGAUCGGGCGAGGCGUGAUGUUCGAGGUACAGUACGCACCCUGCCUCCGAGACAAGGCACCACUGAGGAACACCCUCGCCAACUGCCAAAACCUGCUUCACGCCGGCCAAGGAAAGGGCAUUGUCAUCACGAGCGGCUCGUGGCUGGCCCAGGAACUGAGAGGACCCAACGAUGCUGCCAACGUUGGAUUCUUGUUCGGGCUGUCCGAGUGCACAGCUCGCGACGCCGUCUAUGGAAACUGCAAGAGUGUCAUCAUGCAUGCAGAAACCAGGAGCAAGGUGAGCCGAGCCAUCAUCUUCUCGCAGCCGACCGACGAGGUCUCCGCAAGAGACCGCUGGCUCCUGGAGUCGUGCAAGUUGCCAGAGUCUCAAGACACCGUCCCGUCUGAUCCGCCUCGCAAAAAGAAAAAGUGCGAGGGCACCUAGAGAAAGCGGACUUUCCACCAACAGCACUAACUGCAAAAAAAAAAAAGAAAAAACUGAGAUAAACAUAUGUUUACCACUGAUGUGUAUUGUACUGCCUCCGCACUCGUAAGCACUUCUCUCGAAUAGAAGUUACAAAGAAA